AAAGAAAGUUUUCUGUUAUGACCGGCGGUUCGCUUACUUUAAAACUUUUUGCACAGUUUAAAAAUGAAACCGGCGAAGUUAAAGGGCCUCCACUCGAUUUACCCGAGAGUGUCACCACUGAGCAACUCUCUAUUCUUUUAAAUGAUAUCCUUUCAAAUGAGGAAAUAGUUCCGUACGCCUUCUUUAUUGAUGGAGAAGAGAUCAUCAAAGAUUUAGCUUCUGCAAUUGCUGUUACUAAAACUUCCAAGGAAUCUACUAUUGAAAUUGUGUACAGACCUCAAGCAGUUUUUAGGGUCAGGGCCGUUAGUCGUUGUAUGGCCUCUCUAUCAGGCCAUGAAGAGGCUGUACUUACUACUCAAUUCAGCCCUGAUGGAAAACGUUUAGUCAGUGGCUCCGGAGAUACAACUGUUCGCUUUUGGGACCUCAAUACGAAUUUACCUGAUAAAGUUUGUAAAGGUCAUUCAAAUUGGGUAUUAUUUGUGUCUUGGUCUCCUGACGGAUUAAAGUUGGCAUCUGGCGGAAUGGAUAACGAGAUUUAUAUUUGGAACGGCGCAUCCGGAGCCCAACUCGGAAAGGCGCUCAGAGGGCACCAGAAAUACAUAACAUGUCUAUCGUGGGAGCCUUUUCACGUGAAUCCCAAGUGCGAGCGAUUGGCGUCUUCUUCCAAAGACACGACCCUUCGGGUGUGGAAUACUUCGACGGGGAUUUGUGAGUACACCCUUUCGGGUCACACUAUGAGCGUGACUUGCGUCGCUUGGGGCGGUGAGGGCCUUAUCUACUCAGCCUCUCAAGAUAGAACUAUAAAAGUUUGGAAGGCUGAGACGGGGUCUUUGUGCUACACGCUGAAAGGGCAUGCGCACUGGAUAAACACCAUGGGCUUCAAUGUUUCCUAUGUCCUACGCUGCGGGCCCUUUAAUCACCUUGGAAUGCGCGAGGCUGUAGAUAUCUCGGGUUUUACUGUAUUUUUGGGUUUAUUGUUAUACGAGCUUUUCACCUUUUCUUUGCAAGCCCAAAAAGAUGCUUUCAGUCGCUACCAAAGUGUAGUAUCCGUCGUUGGAGGAGAAAUCCUGGCCUCGGGGAGCGAUGAUUUUACCAUAUUUAUGUGGCGCCCUAAGAAAAGCGAGAAAAGUCUGUGUCGUCUCACUGGCCACCAGCAACUGAUUAACGAGGUGCGCUUCUCUCCAGACGGGCGGUUGUUCGCGUCUGCGUCCUUUGACAAGAGUAUAAAGCUUUGGGACGGGCAAAGCGGAAAAUUUCUGGCCACUUUUAGAGGCCACGUGGGCUCAGUAUACCAACUUUGUUGGUCACCUGAUAGCCGACUACUCGUUAGCGCCAGCAGGGAUUCCACUAUUAAAGUUUGGGAUGUUCAUAGGAAAAAGCAACUUUUGGAGUUACCGGGACAUGCCGAUGAGGUCUUUGCCGUUGAUUGGAGCCCUGAUGGCGAGAGGAUCGCUAGCGGAAGCAAAGACAAAUUAUUAAAGAUAUGGUCCAGGUAGUCGUCUCGGACUGAAUAUAGUUUUCCUGUCCUACCUCUGUGCAAACGAAGUUAUAAAGUUU